ACUUUCAAAACGAGGACUUGAUUAAUGGCCGAAAAGACGCCAAAAGAAGAUUGAUUUUUGGAUAAUAUACAUCUAUUGACAAUUUACUGCAGAUAUGGCAUCAAAAGAUGCAACAAUUAAUGCUGCCAGAGGACUUGUAAAGUUUAUCAAUCAAGCUCCCUCUCCGUACCAUGUUGUUGAUUUAUGUCGAAAAACUCUGACAGAAGCCGGAUUUGUUGAGCUUAGUGAAAAACUGGAUUGGAAGCAAAAUCAACUUAAAGUAAAUGGGAAGUAUUUUUUGACAAGAAAUCAAUCGACCAUCAUUGCUUUUGCUGUUGGUGGUAAAUACCAGCCAGGAGGUGGCUUUAGCAUUGUUGGGGCUCACACAGACAGCCCUUGUUUAAAGGUGAAACCAAGAUCAACAAAGAAAAGCAAUGGCUUUCUGUCUGUAGGUGUUGAAUGUUACGGUGGGGGGAUUUGGAAUACUUGGUUUGAUAGAGAUCUGACUGUGGCAGGAAGAGCUAUAAUCAAGACAGGUGACAAGCUAGUGCACCAGUUGGUUAACAUUGAGCAACCCAUCCUCAGGGUCCCACAUUUAGCCAUUCAUCUUCAAAGAGAUAUCAAUGACAAGUUUGGUCCAAACAAGGAGUCACAUAUCCUGCCUGUCCUUGCAACAGCAGCAAUGACACAGCUAAAUCAGCCUAAAGCUACUGAUGAGCAAGCAUCGGGCAAGAACAAUGGACAAAAAUGCCAAGCAGAAAAACACCAUUCAGUUCUUAUUGAUGCCAUUUGCAACAAACUUGGCUGCAAAAAAGAAGACCUCUUAGAUAUGGAACUUUGUCUUGCUGAUACGCAGCCAUCUGUUAUUGGAGGACUUAUGAACGAAUUUGUUUUCUCACCAAGAUUGGAUAAUCUUUUCAAUGUUUACACAGGCCUUCAGGGCUUGUUGGAAUCACUGAAGAAUGACACACUUGCAUCAGAGAGUAACAUUCGCAUGGUAGUUUUUUAUGACAAUGAAGAGGUCGGGUCAGAAAGUGCUCAAGGAGCUGGCUCAGCAUUGACAGAGCUUGUCAUGAGAAGGAUUGUUGAUGCUAUUGGUGGUGAUAGUCAGUACGAAAGAACCAUUGCAAAUUCAUACCUGAUCAGCGCAGACCAAGCACAUGCAGUCCAUCCAAAUUACUCUGAGAAACACGAGGAAAACCAUAAACCUGCUUUUCAUGGAGGACCUGUCAUUAAGUUCAACUCAAAUCAGAAAUAUGCAACAACAGCAGUUACAGCUAGCCUUUUGAGAGUGGUUGCAGAGAAAGCCGACAUUCCAUUACAGGAUGUUGUUGUGCGUAAUGACAGCCCUUGUGGUAGCACUAUUGGGCCUAUUAUUUCAGCCAAAGUUGGACUAAGAACUGUUGAUAUUGGAGGUCCAAUGCUGAGUAUGCAUUCAAUACGAGAAAUGUGUUGCACCAGUAGUGUUGCUCAGUCAAUUUCAUUGUACAAGGCAUUUUUUGAAGAAUUUUCUGCAGUAGACGCCUCUCUUGAAAUGGAAUAAUCUGGUAUUCAUUCCCCAAGAUUGACUGCAUUAUAACAUUGUUAGAUUAUGUCAAUAACAAAAUUGGAGUAGGUGUCAAUUUUUUCAGAUUUACCAAGAAAGAUUAGAUUUUUUCAAGUUUAA